UAUAGAUAAAAUCAAUUCCCAUAGUUUUGCUUGUUAUAUUUUCCGCUUUCAAUCAUUGUUACAAACUACGAUUUCCCAUAAUCUCAAGUCAUUUAAGUUGAAUCGAACAGGCUUGGAAUAGGAUGGAAAUGGAACGUGUGGGUCUGCCUUUUUAAUUGGUCGAUAGGAAAUCAUUCAUUGAAAAAAGAUUUUCUGGCCAGUUUAUUCCGAUAGCUCUUACGUGGGAGACCUCAGCUAGUUACUCAGAAAGCUGAAAAUCGUGUGAACUCCAUGGAGGGGUUUGUUACAUAAGUCCUAAUGGGUUCUCGGGCAUGGCUUGUAAUCCUAAAGAAAGCAGCAACGAAUCACAUACUGGUCUCAUUCUAAGUGUGAGCAUAAGCAUAGGGUUGCUAUUCCUAACAGUGACGAGUUAUGCGUUGUACAAUAUUAUCAAGAAAGCGAAAAUGAAAAAAAGGAAACAGAGGUUUUUUAAGCGCAAUGGAGGUCUACUUUUUAAACAACAACAAGCAACCGAUAUUGGUUUAGUUGAUAAAACUAUCCUUUUCACAUCCGACGAAUUGGACAAGGCCACAAACAAUUUUAAUGAGAAUAGAAUUCUUGGUCAAGGAGGUCAAGGUACAGUGUAUAAAGGCAUGUUACCUGAUGGACGAAUUGUAGCAAUCAAGAAAUCAAAGGUAGUUGAUGAAUGCCAACUAGAACAAUUCAUCAACGAGGUAGUCAUUCUUUCGCAAGUCAACCAUAGAAAUGUGGUUAAACUAUUGGGAUGUUGCCUGGAAACUGAGGUGCCAUUACUUGUCUCUGAGUUCAUAUCAAAUGGUACAUUGUAUGACCUUAUUCAAAAUGAAGCCGAUGAGUUCACAUGCCCUCUAAACCUGAGAUUACAAAUCGCUAUAGAGGUUGCAGAAGCGGUUUCCUACUUACAUUCAACAACCACCAUUCUCAUAUACCAUAGGGACAUCAAGACUGCCAACAUACUUUUGGAUGAAAAGUAUAAAGCCAAAGUUUCAGAUUUUGGAACAUCAAGAGUUGUACCAAUAGAUAAAACUCAUUGUACUACAGCAGUCAUGGGGACAUUCGGUUACUUGGAUCCAGAGUAUUAUAGCUCGAGCCAAUUGACUGAAAAGAGUGAUGUCUACAGUUUUGGAGUUGUUUUGCUAGAACUCUUGACCGGAGAAAAAGCAGUUUUCUUAACCAAAGAUGUUAAAACAAGUUUAGUUGAACACUUUAAGCCGCACUACUUUGGUUGUUCUAUUUAUGUCCACAAGGGGCAACCACAAAUGUAGAGAGAUUAUAUUCCCUAGCAAUGACUUGGUAACACAAAAACAUAUCUAUUAGUUAUUUUACAUUUUUUUUAGAUAUAAAUUAACUUCAUUUAAAUAAAUCAUCUUUCAAUACAUAUUGAUUGAAGGCAAACGGGCAACAAGCUGCGCUGCUAGCCCUUUUUGGAUAGCAAAACCAAUUCUUUUGAAAACUACAUUUGUGGAUCUAGGAGAUAUGACAUUAGAAUGCAUGACCUGUUGGACUCUAUUGAGGAGCUCCACCGCAUCUGGUGCGAGAAAACCAAAUGUGUCGAAUGCAAAAGGAACAAACACAUGUUGAUUUGCUAUACAUGCAUUCUGGUGCUUUACCACCUUGCACGCAACGGCUUUCAAAGCGGCAUGCCCAGCUGUGAAACCCCCGCUCCCCAAACCAACGAGAGGAGAGACCCCAGUAAGAUCCACACACGCAUGCUUCCCUCCUAUCCAUCCAAAGACCAAAAUCUCAGCCGGUCUAAGUGUGGACCUUCCAUCCUGCAGGUGCGUCAAAAAGUUCACAAGCGCUUCUUUCUUCACCGAAAUACCAACACACUGACAAGCAUCAAAGAGAACAUCCCGAACCACAUCAUGUCUAUACUUGAAACCAGGGAGCUCUCUACAAUGAACCGCGUGUUCCCCAAAGGUAUCCAAACAUGUCUUGCGACAAACUGGACAUAUCUCGUCAAUUAGGAAUAUGGGAAUCAUGAGGCGGUAACGAAGGAUAGUUCGGUACUCCACAGGAGACAUAUGUUGGCCAAGACCAUCAAUAGGGAUAGAUAGCAGAAAAUCCUGAGCAUGAGGCGCCCGCAGACACUCAAAGACUGCUUUCUGUCUGACAGUCAUGUCAAAGUCAACUUCCAUAUCUUGGACGAUUUUGCUAAAAAGGGCACACGCCAAAGCUUUUUGGGAUUUAGGGGGGGGGGGGGGGGG